AUGAAAAUGAAUAAGGAUAAACUGAACACGACGUUGACCACACUUUAUGUGGGAGAUCUGCACCCCGAUGUGACAGAGCCAGUGCUGAUGGAGAAAUUCGUCCCUGUAGGAGGAGUUCACUCCAUCAAGCUCUACAGAGAUAAAGCGACGGGCUUCUCACGAGGAUACGCCUAUGUCAACUUUUACCAGCGUGCCGACGCUGAGAGAGCCUUCGAAUUGCUCAAUUAUGACCUCCUUAUGGGACAGCCCAUGCGAAUAAUGUGGUUUCAGAUGGACAGUUCACUGAGAAACGCCGGAACAGGAAAUAUCUUCAUCAAUAAUUUGGACAAGUCGAUCAACAGCCUGGAACUUCACGGCCUCUUCUCCACCUUUGGCAAGAUCCUGUCGUGCAAGAUCGUAGGCUAUAAGAAAGGGCACAAGAGAUAUGCCUAUAUCCAUUAUGAGUCUGUUGAUGCCGCAGAGAUGGCGAUCAAGGCACUGAAUGGCACACUCUUGAACGGUCGCCUAGUAACUAUUGAACACUUUAAGUCUUUUAAGGAGCGCCAGGCUGAGAGUGCUCAUUGCCCCCAAAUCUUCACUAACAUCUUUAUCAAAUACUUUAAUCAGGACAUUGACACAAAGAAGCUGACAGAGAUCUUUAGCAAGUUCGGUCCUGUGGCGAGUGCUCGCGUCAUGACCAACGAGCAAGGGAAGUCUAAACGAUUUGGCUUCGUAAGAUAUGAGAGGCCUGAAGACGCACAGAAGGCUGUGGAUGAAAUGAACGGGAAGGAGGUAAAUGGCAGAAGGAUAUAUGUGAAUCGAGCACAGCGUAAAGAACAGAGACAGGCUGAACUCAAACGCAAGUAUGGGCAGAGUCUGAACCUAUUCGUGAAAAACCUGGAAGCUAGUGUGGAUGAUGAAUGUCUACGCAAAGAGUUUUCGCGUUUUGGACACAUCAUAAAUGCAAAGGUGAUGAUGAGGAAUGGCCACUCCAGAAUGUUUGGCUUUGUGCACUUCUCCUCCUCAAAAGAUGCCAUUAAUGCUAUAAACGAGAUGAAUGGCAGGAUGUGGGGCAAGAAGCCAUUGUAUGUGGCUGUUGCUCAGAGUAAAGAGUGCCAGGCUUACCUUGCCCAACAGCAAAUGCAGUGGAUGGCAUACAUGCAGUUUGGGGUCCCUGGCUUAUUAUGUUAUUUGAGGUCCCAAUUCCAGCAGCUGCAGUCUUAGUCUCUCCCCCUUACGGAGUCUGAGGCAGCCACGUAUCCACCAACUAGAAAGCACCUGACCAUGUACAUGCUGGAACCCACUUUUGUAGAUGACGAUAGCCAGACAUC